CCUGUCCGGAUGGAUGGACAGAAGGACUGAUGGACUGAGGAGUGGGCAGGAGAGGUUCCAGCUGCCCCCGAGGACAGCCAGGGCGGAAGGAGCAGGAAGGAGGUGCUGAGGCCGGAACUACUUGAGAUGGGGGAAGGGGCGACCUCCACCCCUCUCCCAAGAUCCCCGACCCACGGCGGAGACGCCCGAGUCCUCACGCUGCAUGAGCUCCGGCACGGAAGAGCCGGGACGUCCAGCAGGACCGAGUCCCCGCCCGCCCCCUCGAGGAUCAGGUGCUCAACGCCCAGCCGGGCCGCCAAAUCCCCGCCGCCGGCGUCCCAGGGUUCGUGCACCCCCGGCCCCCGCCCCCCAGGAGACGCACUCACUUUCCCCCACCACCGCCUUCAGCCCCGAGGGCGCCAUCUUCCCCCAGGGGCGCCGCCGCUUCCGGGUCUGUCCCAAGGUGGGGGCGUGGCCCCGCGCGUCAGCCACCUGGACCCCGCCCCGCGGAGCUGGCCCCUCCCCCACCGGUCCUCGGAGAGGAAGAUCUGCCCCCCGCAGAGUGGGCGGGCGGAUGUGUCCACGCAGACGAGUGAGGAGUCGCUGGAGGGGUCCCCAGACGACACACGCAGACAGCGUAGCCGCGGGCUGGACAGCAUGUGAUCAACUCACGAG